GUCAGCUUUAAUUAAUUUUAUUUAGUAUAUUUUUGGUUAAUUAAGUGUUUUUUAUGUAGAUACACUUCCCCACUCCUUUUGACUCUUUAUCCCAGUCUUGUCAAAGGUUUAUAACUGCAGCUUUUUUAUUUUUAGUUUUGCAUGAUGGGGGUUUAGCCUAAAACAUUUAUUCUAACGCAUAGACUUAAAUGUCUAGAUGUUACAGAACAAAGGCAGAAAAAAAUAGCAAAGAGCGCGGGUCUUGCGAUUUGGAGGGAAGUGCAGUGAUUGGUUUUCAACUGAAACAUAUUCUGACCAAUAGGCGAGAGGUAGGUUGGCUUUAAAAGCUGAUUGUCGCACCUCUAGGAGUAUUCGUUGAUUCCUGAGACCCAACUGAGCAACAUGAGCGGAAGAGGCAAGACCGGAGGAAAAGCCCGCGCUAAGGCCAAGACUCGCUCCUCCAGGGCGGGCCUGCAGUUCCCAGUUGGUCGCGUUCACAGACUUCUCCGCAAGGGUAACUACGCUCAGCGCGUCGGUGCUGGAGCUCCAGUGUACUUGGCCGCUGUGCUCGAGUAUUUGACCGCUGAAAUCCUGGAGUUGGCUGGAAACGCUGCUCGGGACAACAAGAAGACUCGCAUCAUUCCCCGACACCUUCAGCUGGCGGUGCGCAAUGAUGAGGAGCUGAACAAACUUUUGGGCGGAGUGACCAUCGCUCAGGGCGGCGUGUUGCCCAACAUUCAGGCAGUGCUGCUGCCCAAGAAGACCGAGAAGGCCGCCAAAGGCAAAUAAAUUUUAAUUCGGAUUUCAUUUACCCAAAGGUUCUUUUAAGAACCACC